CUCAACGUUUCACUCCUUCUAAAUUGCAUGUAACACAAAGUAGUAUGUACCGUUUCGUAUCGGCUGGUACGGUCGGUACGUACUGGUUUUGGAGCUUACCCGUCAAAAUUCGACCGUACCGGUCAAAUUUUGGUGUACCGGCCGAAAUUUUGGAUCACGCCUCUCCUCUGUUCUCUAGCAUCCAACGGUCGUUGAGGCUUGAGCUCCACUCCUCGCAGGUGGUCCAAACUCCAGCCACUCCAGUCACUGCCGGCGGUCCAGAUCUAGCCACUACUUUCUCUUCCUCCACUUUCCAGCAGCCUAGCUCCAUCUCAGUUCGAACUGGAAAUCAAUCUCAGCCUCUUGGACAAGGUCAACUCCCCAACAACCUUCCACCUCACCUCCCACCUCAGAUCCCAAAUAUGUUCCCUCCUAUUGAUCAUGCAGAAGGAGGAGAUGAAAACCAACCUCACAACUCAGCUCACAACUCAACUUCCACCACCAAUCAAGACGUAGUUACAACUCAGCUUGCUGCCAUGCAACAACACUUUACUCAACAGCAAGACCCUCAACCAGUUCAGCAUGCUCUUGCUCUCAGUGAGUAUCAGGGUCAGUCUCACAUAGCCCCAGAUCAACAACCUCUACCUGAUAAUGUCACUCGACGUCUGGACAGCUUAGAAAAACUGGUAGCUGAACAACAAGGUGCUUCACCUCCACACCAUAAUACUGACUCCAUACCUCAUCCUUUGAACACCAACAUCACAUUGGAACCUUAUCUUGCUAGCUUCAAAAUUCCUCAGCUCGAGACAUAUGAUGGGACAAAAGACCCCGAUGACCAACUCCAUGCCUUCUAUUCAUGUAUGCAAGCUUAGAACGCCUUUGAUACGUUAAUGCGUAAGAUCUUUUCCUCUACUCUUUGUGGUAAUGCCCGAACUUGGUAUUAUAGUUUGCCCCUAAGAUCCAUCAGCUCUUAUUCAGAAAUGGCAUCUGCUUUUGCCACAAAUUUUUCCAGUAGAAGGUUGAUUAGGAAAACUACUUUUGAAUUGAUACGAGUCAAAUAGAGGGACGGAGAAUCAAAGUAGUUUAUACCG